AUGAUAAUUAAUACAACAGAAGUAUAAGCUAUCAAUUCUUUUUCCAGAUUGGAAUCCUUAAAAGAGGUUUAUGGGACUAUAUUGCUUUUUCCUAUUUUGAUUCUCGUAUUUGGAAUCACAAUUGGUGUACUAGUAAUUGUGUGCUUAGAAAGAGAAAUAUCCGCGAGUAUACAACAACGUAUUGGACCUGAAUAUGUCGGUCCUUCGGGAAUUCUUCAAGCUCUAGCGGACGGAACAAAACUACUUUUUAAAGAGAAUCUUAUUCCAUCUAGAGGGGAUACAUAUUUAUUUAGUAUCGAACCUUCUAUAGCUGUCAUAUUAAUUCUACUAAGUUAGUUAGUGAUUCCUUUUAGUUCUCACUUGGUUCUAGCCGAUCUCAGUAUUGGUGUUUUUUUAUGGAUCGCUAUUUCAAGCAUUGCUCCCAUUGGACUUCUUAUGUCAGGAUAUGGAUCAAAUAAUAAAUAUUCCUUUUUAGGUGGGCUACGGGCUGCUACCCAAUCAAUUAGUUAUGAAAUACCAUUAACUCUAUGUGUGUUAUCAAUAUCUCUACAGUGAUCUUAUCAUCGACUAUGAUUAUCUAACAGUUCAAGUAUAGUUGAUAUAGUUGAGGCGCAGUCAAAAUAUGGGUUUUGGGGAUGGAAUUUGUGGGGGCAACCUAUAUGGUUUAUUGUUUUUAUAAUUUCUUCUCUAGCAGAAUGCGAAAGAUUACCUUUUGAUUUACCAGAAGCAGAAGAAGAAUUAGUAGCAGGUUAUCAAACCGAAUAUUCAUGUAAAUUUGGUUUAUUUUAUGUUGCGUCUUAUCUAAAUCUACUAAUCUCUUCAUUAUUUGUAACCGUUCUUUACUUGGGUGGUUGGAAUCUCUCUAUUCCAUACAUAUUCAUCUCUUAGUUUUUUGAAAUAAAUCAAGUAGGUGGAGUUUUUGGAACAGCAAUUGGUAUUUUCAUUACAUUAGCUAAAAGUUUUUUGUUCUUGUUCAUUUCUAUCACAACAGGAUGGACUUUACCUAAAAUGAGAAUGGACCAACUAUUAAAUCUUGGAUGGAAAUUUCUUUAACCUGCUUCUUUAGGUAAUCUAUUAUUAACAACUUCUUCCCAACUCCUUUCAUUAUAAAUUCUAAAAAAAAAAGAAUAUUUGAUAUUUACUAUAAUUUAACUCACAACUUGGCAGAAACAAGAGAAAUAAAAAAAAAUCUUAUUUUUUUUAUUAAUAUUUACUAUGUGUUCCCUAUGGUAACCGGGUUCAUCAAUUAUGGUCAACAAACAAUACGCGCAACAAGGUACAUUGGUCAAGGUUUUAUG